CCUAGCUCCUCCUCUGAUAUUAAGAUGACACUUUUUAUAGAGCUGCAGUUUCCAAACUGCCAUCAUUCUGCUGUGGGAUCCUCAACUGGGAGGCGACAAAACAGCAGGUCACCAUGAGCCAAGUGACAAUCAAGGAUGUAGAAGUCCUCAACUGUGAAUAUGGCAAGAACACGAUUAAGUUCCUUCGCCUCCACAGAGAGGGGAAGAAGCACUUUGUUAAAGAAGUGGAGGUGUGCACGCAUCUCCGGCUGACCUCUGCUCAGGAGUACCUGGAGGGAAACAACUCUCUUGUGAUACCUACUGACACCAUGAAGAAUAUCGUCCUUGUGUUGGCCAAAAAAAAUGGGAUCCCAACUAUAGAACAGUUUGCUAUAGAUAUCUGCAAACACUUCAUGACAACAUUUUGCCAAGUGGCGUACGUCAAAACCUACGUUCAAGAAGUGCCAUGGCAACGUCUACACGAGAACGGCGUUCCUCACAUCCACUCGUUUAUAUGUGUUCCUGAUGGGAUCCGCUUUUGUGAAGCUGAGCAGUGCCGAAAUGGUCCUCUGGUUCUUUUUUCUGGAAUUAAAGAUCUGAAACUUAUGAAAACAACACAGUCUGGGUUCGAAGGCUUCUUUAAGAAUGAACACACCACACUUCCUGAAAGGCACGACAGGAUUUUAUGUGGAGAGCUCUUCUGCAAAUGGUCAUAUGGCGAAUGUAGGGAUUUUGACUUCGAUUGCAUAUGGAACAAAGUCCGCGAGUGUAUCCUUGAAGCCUUUGCUGGGCCACCUGACUGUGGGGAAUAUUCACCCUCUUACCAGAAGACUGUCAACAGUAUCCAGAUGUAUAUCCUUUCCAAAGUGCCACAGGUACAGGUCAUAGAAACCGUCUUGAACAACACUUUUUACAAUGUUGUAGACAUGAAGAACCUAGGCUUGACCAACGACAAAGAAGUUCUGGUUCCAGUGGAAACUCCCUAUGGCUCCUGCACUUGCACACUUGGCAGGAAGAAGUUCUUAGAAGCACAAGCCCAUGUGCUAAAAGAUGAGAGGCAAAGUCAGUUUGUACUGACAGCUGCCCAGGGAAACUAAACCUCUUGGCUACACUCACACCUUCCUGGUAACCUCACAGUAUGGCUUUCCCAGCAACGUACCUCCUUAUCAGCCGCUUCCACUGCUGACUGCUUUUCCCUCUAUGAAAUCCUGAGGUUGGGGCUUCUGAAGGACCCUCAAGAAUUCAGAAAUCAAAGUCUGACCCUGAAUCUCAGUGCGAUUUGCAGACUGAAACUCCACAUGCUCUUUUGAAAAUCCCAGCCGGAAACAUUACAGUCAAUUAAUUUUUAAACCAGCUAUUCCCAGACAUCUUAAUGAAACAAUGAAUUCGAUAAUGUCUGUAAUAUGUUUUUGACAUGUAAAAUCAGCAACUCUGUAUAUUCUAUUUAUUAAUGUUCCUUUAGCAAAAUUUAUAUACAGGCAUGAGACCAGAUGUUUCAUUGAUGUAACCUCUUGAUGCCACGCUGAUCUACAGAGCUGAGGGUCUGACCCAGAAACUGAAUAGAGAAUCAGUCAGACACUGAUUUCUUUGUGAAGGAAAUGGGGGGGGAAAUAAGUUUCUAUUCUAUUUCCUUUGCAGUGUGAAUAGUUACAGCUGUUAACUAAUUUCUCUGGAAGUAUUCUGACUGCGUAGCUGCUGCUGCUGCUACUCCUCAGACUAUACAGUUGCUAUAUAAUUACUUCUAUAUUAAUCACUGAGGUGUUUGAGGUUUUGGACUAUCUCUGUAAGUUUAAUUAAAGAGGUUUUUUUAGUCUCAUGUGAUCUUAUCAUGACUUCUGAGCAGGCAGGAGUAAACCUAAGUAACCCUAUUACUUUCGGAAGGGGCAGGGAGAAAGCUAGACAGACAAACAAUGCCUAUCUUUUUAUUUAUUUACACUUUUAGCUUUUGCCGGGGACAUUCAUUCUUACCUUGUUUGGUUGUGUGGUAUUGUGCUUGUGGGCUUAUGUUUUGCUAUUUCUGCUAUCUUUAGGUGCUUGUAAUUUAUUAAUGUAUCUUUUAAGGGCAAAUAAAGAGCAACACUGAAAAAUAAA